UCAGGGGAUUUCUUCAUUCUGCCUCGUCUACUGCUCCGGCUCUCAAUACCAGCAAAGCAGCCAUGACAUCUAAAGGGGCUAAAGAGUCCCUCGUCACCAAGUUGGGUUUCAAAUCCAGCAGCUCUGCCUCCAAGGCUGAGGCGGAGCUGGAGAGAGUCAGGAAGGAGAACGCUCACCUGAGAAAAAAGAUUGAUGAACUGGCCAAACGACACAUCAAACUGCCUGAGUCAGACAAAGGCAAGCUGCUGGAGAGGAUUCUCUCCCUGGAGACUCUGCGAGAGAGGAACAAUCAGCAGCUGCUGGUUAAAGAGCAGGAGCUUGAAACUGCGAGACAGCAGCUGUCAGCCAAAGGAGGAGAGGUGGUAGCAUCGCUGCAGGCCCAGCUGGAGCAGCGGAGGAGAGAGGCAGAGCAGAGGGACGCGUUGUUCCAGAACUUGUCACAAGAGACGGAGAAUCUGAAAAACAAGCUGGCCACUGUUUCGGCCCGAUGUCAGUCCCUUGAAACCCAGGUGGUGGCACCCCCUGCAGACUUGGCACUGGUACAAGAUCAACUGAGAGACGCUCUGGAGAAGAACCAGCAGUGGCUGGUGUACGACCAGCAGAGAGAGGCCUACGUGCAGUCCGUCCUGGCCCGUUCAAUGGAGCUGGAGAAGCAGCUGGCUCAGGGAAAACAGGAGCAACCGAAACAGGAGGCCAGUUCAGAGGCUCCUGCCAGUUCAGCAGGUCCAGAAAAGGAAUCCCAGCUUAAAAGCCAUUACGAACAGUUGAUGUUAGGGUUGCAAAAAGACCUGGAGAACCAAAAAGAUCAAGUUUCCAGAACCCACCAGGAGCUCAGUGAGCAGAGGGAGCAGACCAUGAAAGCUCAGGUUGCACUGCAGUCUCAGAGGGAGCAGGUCACCAGGGCCCAGGAGGAGAUGUCAGCGCUGCAGAGGCAGCACGACGAAAAAUGCAGCCAGUUGUCAUCCUUUCUGAGGAAGUACGAAGAGAAGAGCAAAGAGCUGGAGGAAGCCAAGAUGCAGCUGCAGGCAGAACGACUGAGCAACAGACAUGCAGUAAGUGAGGAGAGACACGUGUCGUCUGAGCGGGCAGACAGAAUGAGAGCCGAACUGGACAAUAUGGAAAUUCGACUGGAAGAGGAACGGAAGAGAUCCGCUGAACUUCUGUUGCAGGUGAAUAUGCUGCAGAAGUCUCUUCUGAGCCAAAAUGAAGAACAAAGGAGAAUCGCAGCACUGGAGCAACAGAUCCAACUCUCUGCCAAGGACUUUGAAAAUGAAAAAAUUGAUCGUCAGAGCAUGCAGCACCAGUUACAUAAGGUGCUGAAGGAGCUUCGCAAGGCCCGUGAUCAGAUUGCUAAACUGGAGUCUGCUAAGCAGCCAAACGCUCGCUUUUCAGAGCCCAGCUCAUACAAUAGGCUUGAGUUUGAGCGUCUCACUAUUGACGAUCCUCUCGGCCCCACAUCCCCGUCUAAAGUCACCAACCUCCUGGACGAGAGUUUCUUGGAGUGCCCUAGGUGUCGGGCCCCGUAUCCCACCAGUCGCCACAGAGAGCUCCUGGCUCACAUUGACUACUGCCUUGCCUGAGCUAGCACUGAUUCUAGACCAGUGUUUCCCAACCUGGGUGUCAGAACCUGCCCUCACCCAAGGGGGCAGCAAUAUCGCAUAGAUCACUCACCAAUGGGGCUGGGAACCACUGCACUAGAUCGUUAGAUUCAUUCAGAAAAUGUAACCCCUCCAGUGUAUUUUAAACACCUGUCUGGGGGAGAAUGUAAACACCGUGAACAGGCAGUUUCACACACUGAUUUCCAUAAACACAGCACUGUUGUGAGCAACAAAGGUGAGUAAAAGGCAUUUUUCAACUCACCCAGAAGGCUCCUAACAUACCAUCCUGCUAUUUGUUUCUAUUUCCAUAAACUGAGUGAAUUGCAAUGAGGCUCAUGUACGCUGAUAAGUUUAAAAUACUCCUCGUGGUGUCAUAACGAUCAGUUGAAACAAGUUUAUAUGUUCAAUAAUGCAAAUCAUGGGGAGGAUUGUGUGUAUAGUUUCCAUAAAACAUAAGAAAUUCUCAGAUUAGUACUACCUUAGGCUCUUUGUCUUCACUCCAAGAAGUUUCACACACCAGACCCAAAUAACACGUCGCUUCUUAUCAAAAAAUGUUCUGUUUUUAUAAAAGGGACUUUAUUUUUAAACGUAUAUUUCAUAUCUAAAUCACGUUAGAGUUAUUUAAAAACUUGUUAAAAGUGUUUACACGUUCAUGCCAUGUGUGUACUCCAGUUCUUUUUUGCCAUUAGACGAUCAUCAGGCCAAAGAUCAAGUCAUUUAUAUAAUAGAGCCUCCCAUAUAAUUAUGUCUGGGGUCUUCCGGUAUUUAUAUUUUACAGUGUUUGUGAAGCUCUUAAUAAAUUCUGGCUAUUUUUUAUUUUUGUGUGUAUUUGAUUUAAGUAUUUAUUCUUGGCUGAUCUACUGUCUUUUUUUUGUAUCAUAGGGAUUUGCUUUAUUUAGUUUUCUGUUAAAGUUUACAAACCUGCCUAAUAUCUUCUGUUGGUAAACCAGCUGUAAACACACCUUAUAUCUACUCCUAGUUUCAGUAACAGCACCUGUGGUGGUUUUGUGUGACAUUUUCUUGGGCACAUUUGCGUUGAUCUGAAAAAGAAAAGCGGCAGUGGUCAUUUGCUGUUUGAUAGUACUGAUGUGAAGGACACAAUGAAAGGGAAAAAUAGUGAUUUUUAUGUGUUUUCAGCUCCGUUUAUAUGAUUAUAACUUGCCUGCCAUGUGUUAUCUAUUAUAUCUUUAGUGGUUGUGUCUGAUUACAACACGUCGAUCGUUUCUCUGCCUGUCAGGAUACAAAUAGUUGGAUAAACUUUGCUAAACCAUGUGACUGCAACCAUGACCAUGAUUCUUUUUUCCCUUCAACCUUUACCACAUAGUUUUAUUUGCCUAAACGUAACCAGACCUUAAACAUAACUGGUCACAUGCGGCAGGUUGUCUGUGUAUUCUCUCUGAGUGAAGCUCUCUUCCAUCUCCACCUUGACUUUUCAAGCCUGCAGCCCUGUAAGGCUGCAAUGAGAUUGCAUGAGUUAAUUCCUUGUACUAAACUAUUUAAGGCAGGGAUUACUGAAGGUCCUCUUGGUAGGGGAAAGGGGGUUAAGGUGUCUUUAUUCCUGCAGCCCUGGCAAUGUGACUAGAUUGACUUACAGUAAGACAGACAGACUACUGCUGUUCAUCCUAUCUGUAGUUGUUUUAACUUGGGCUGUGUGUCGUUCAGAAGAUCUCAGAAUCAUAUUGCUUUUGUCAAGUUUGCUGUUUUUUAAAGUUAUUUCCUUCAUUGUAAUCAUGUUCUCCAAAGUUGUUUUGCCAUGCUCUGUACUGUACAAAAAUGUGCAAUAAAGAUGUAAACCUCCCUCCAACACAA